AUGGACUGUGAAGGCCUCUACGUAAAUUUCGGUAUCAAUCGAGAGUAUUUCACCACGGCCUUCGUUGACUGUGGUUGCCUGUGUUAUGGGACCAUCAGUGAGCGCCUUGCCCGCAAGCUUCACCUGCCGCGUAUUCCGAUUAAACCUCGAGCGUUGGAGCAGGUCAACACAUUCUCACCCGAGGCCAUCUGUGCCGUGACCUACUUCGACUUCGAUAUCGACGGGUACCAGAAGAAAAGAGCUUUUUUCUACGUUGUGCGAGACCAGACCGAUCCUGUGAUUCUGGGCAAGAAGUGGUUGAACCAGGAGGAUGUCACCUUGCGAUUAUCGCAGAACCUCUUGCAUAUCGGGACGCACGACCAUUGGGUGAAAGGCCGAGACCCGAAGGAGGAGGAACGGUGCAACAUACGAGGACAGGCGGCGUUCGUGUUCGCCGGAAUGACCCGAGAGAAGCUGCCCCGUCACUACCACGAGUACCUAUCCGUCUUCGACCGCGACCAAGCGGACCAACUCCCACCGCGUCAACCGCCGUGGGGACCAUUGUACGGCAUGUCACGAGAAGAGCUCAUUGUUCUGCGAAAGACUCUCACUGAGCUACUCGACAAGGGUUUCAUUCGAGCAAGUAGUUCUCCAGCGUCAGCACCAGUUUUGUUCAAAGACCGAUAUCCCUUGCCGUUGAUCGAGGAAACUUUGCGGUCGCUGUCCAAGGCCAAGUGGCUCACCAAACUUGACGUUAUCGCAGCAUUUCACAAGAUUCGCGUCGAGGAGGAGACGAGUGGAAGACAGCAUUCAGAACACCGUUACAUAAACCACACGUUGCGAGAUUUCCUCGACGAGUUCUGUUCCGCUUACAUUGACGACAUCUUGAUCUACUCGAGCGGUUCGCUCGCAGAUCAUCGCAACAAAGUCAGGCAGGUCCUUGCUCGACUGCGAGAUGCAGGCCUGCAGAUUGAUAUCGACAAGUGUGACUUUGAGGCAAAGAGUGUCAAGUACCUGGGCUUCAUCGUCGAAGCCGGGAAAGGUAUCCGCGUGGACCCGGAGAAGGUAUUCUCCAACAUCGCCGCGCCUCUAACGGCGUUAACAAAGAAGGAUGCGGUGUUUGCGUGGUCGAAGGAGUGCGACAAGGCCUUCGAGGAGUUGAAGGCUCUUCUGACCAGUGCGCCGGUCCUUGCGCAAUGGGAUCCGGAUAGAGAGACGAUUGUGGAGACGGAUUCAUCCGGUUAUGUCACAGGAGGGGGCGCUCUCAAAAACGCACCGGCGGAGUGCAACUACCCAAUCCACGAUAAAGAGCUGCUGGCGAUCAUUCGCUGCCUUGAGCAUUGGGACGCCGAAUUGAGGAGUGUGAAGUCCUUUACCGUUUUGACGGAUCAUCUCAACCUCCGUUACUUCACCAAGAAGCAGCAACUGAGUGAACGUCAGGCGCGAUGGGCUGAGACGCUAUCGCGGUACAGCUUCACCAUCAAGCAUCGACCGGGCAAAGAAGCCGUCGUACCGGACACGCUGUCUCGACGAGAACAGGACAUGCCGCACAGCGCCGAAGAUGAUCGGUUGCAAGGACGACGUGUUCAGCUGCUGCAACGUAACAAGGGUGGCCUGGUGACAAAAGUCAAGAGCGGUUAUGUCACCAAGGGCGACACGGAUCAACCCGAUGACGCAACAACUGACCAAGACGACUCAAUCGAAAACCCUUUCUCGGACCCGGAACUGCAGAAGUUAUGGGACGAAGGUGUCAAGAAGCACAAUCGUUAUUGGCUCAUCCGAAAGGCCGUACAGCAAGGCGAGAGGCGUCUGCCGUCGCAUUGGGGACUGCCCGUGAUGCUCUCGGAAUGCUCGAUUGACGAUGGACAGCGGCUCUGCUGGCGAGAGCGAAUUUGGGUGCCGAACCACGAACCCUGCGCACGCGGCUUAUGCAGGAGACGCCUCGAUUCAGACGUGCGUCAAUUUCCGCUACCUAUUCCAGACAGGAUCUGGUCGGAGCUGUCAAUUGACUUUGUGACAGACCUGCCACCAACCAAGUCGAACGGUUCGACCAACCUUAUGGUCGUGACGGACAGACUGUCCAAAAGUGUCGUUCUUGAGUCAUUGAAGGACAUCACGGCCGAGACGACGGCCAGAGCAUUGCUACGGAACGUGGUGCAACACCAUGGCGUGCCGCGCGCGAUCGAUAACUGGGAAGAGCUGUUGCCAGCGGCCAUGAUGGCCAUCAACAAUCACAACUCGACGUCGACAGGCCUGAGCCCGUUCUUUAUCACGCAUGGGUAUCAUGUUGACCCGAUACAAGUCAAGGAGAAGUUACGGACGGACGGAAGGUCCCCAGUGACCAGGGCUGAAAGCAUUGUGCAACGAUUUCGAGAGGCAACGGAAUGGGCCCAGGCGGCAAUUGCGUCAGCGCAAGAGCAGCAAGAGAAGAACGCCAAUUCGCGAAGACAGCCGUCAGACCAGUUCAAGCCUGGAGACAAGGUAUGGCUGCGACUUCGCAACAUCCGAUCCAAUCGGCCAUCCAAGAAGCUCGAUUGGCUGUCGGCCAAGUACACCGUCCUGGAGACCAUUGGGUCACACGCGCAGGCUGGACACGCCUCCGGGAAUACACAACGUGUUCCACGUGUCGCUCUUACGCUUAGCAGCGGACGAUCCGCUACCGUCACAGACGUCGGAUGA